AUCCACGAGAGCGUGUGAAAGAAGAUGACUUGGAUGUUGUUCUCAGCCCACAGAGACGAAGCUUUGGCGGGGGCUGCCACGUGACCGCUGCUGUUAGCUCCCGACGCUCAGGAAGUCCACUGGAGAAAGACAGUGAUGGGCUUCGCCUGCUCGGCGGGCGAAGGAUUGGCAGUGGGAGGAUAAUCUCUGCCCGGACCUUUGAGAAGGACCACCGUCUCAGUGACAAGGACCUGCGUGAUUUGAGAGACCGAGACCGAGAGAGGGACUAUAAGGACAAGCGUUUCAGGAGAGAGUUUGGGGAUAGUAAGCGUAUCUUUGGGGAGCGGAGAAGAAAUGAUUCAUAUACUGAAGAAGAACCAGAAUGGUUCUCGGCCGGACCCACAAGUCAAUCUGAAACCAUUGAGCUGACUGGCUUUGAUGAUAAGAUACUAGAAGAAGAUCACAAAGGCAGAAAAAGAACAAGGCGACGGACAGCCUCUGUGAAGGAAG